AUGAUGAUGAUGAUGAUGAUGAAAAAAAUGCAGCAUCAACGGCAGCAGCAAGCGGACCACGCGAACGAGGCAAACUAUGCAAGAGGCACCAGGCUCCCUCUUUCUGGUGAAGGACCAACUUCUCAGCAGAAUAGCUCCAAGCAAACCGUCCUGUCUUGGCAAGCCGCGAUUGACGCUGCUAGACAGGCCAAGGCUGCCCAAACUAUGAGCACCUCUGCACCCGCACCUGUAGGAUCUCUCUCCCAAAGAAAACGUCAGCAAUACGCCAAGAGCAAAAAACAGGGUAACUCGUCCAACAGCCGACCUGCCCGCGCCCUUUUCUGUUUGUCACUCAAUAACCCCAUCCGAAGAGCCUGCAUUAGUAUAGUGGAAUGGAAACCAUUUGACAUAUUUAUAUUAUUGGCUAUUUUUGCCAAUUGUGUGGCCUUAGCUAUUUACAUCCCAUUCCCUGAAGAUGAUUCUAAUUCAACAAAUCAUAACUUGGAAAAAGUAGAAUAUGCCUUCCUGAUUAUUUUUACAGUCGAAACAUUUUUGAAGAUUAUAGCGUAUGGAUUAUUGCUACAUCCUAAUGCUUAUGUUAGGAAUGGAUGGAAUUUACUGGAUUUUGUUAUAGUAAUAGUAGGAUUGUUUAGUGUAAUUUUGGAACAAUUAACCAAAGAAACAGAAGGCGGUAACCACUCCAGUGGCAAAUCGGGAGGCUUUGAUGUCAAAGCCCUCCGCGCCUUUCGAGUGUUACGACCACUUCGACUAGUAUCAGGAGUGCCCAGUUUACAAGUUGUCCUGAACUCCAUCAUAAAAGCCAUGGUUCCCCUCCUUCACAUAGCCCUUUUGGUGUUAUUUGUAAUCAUAAUCUAUGCUAUUAUAGGAUUGGAACUUUUUAUUGGAAAAAUGCACAAAACAUGUUUUUUUGCUGACUCAGAUAUCGUAGCUGAGGAGGACCCAGCACCGUGUGCGUUCUCAGGGAAUGGACGCCAGUGUACCGCCAAUGGCACAGAGUGUAGGAGUGGCUGGGUUGGCCCCAAUGGCGGCAUCACCAACUUUGAUAACUUUGCCUUUGCCAUGCUCACCGUGUUUCAGUGCAUCACCAUGGAGGGCUGGACAGACGUGCUCUACUGGGUAAAUGAUGCGAUAGGAUGGGAAUGGCCAUGGGUGUAUUUUGUUAGUCUGAUCAUCCUUGGCUCAUUUUUCGUCCUUAACCUGGUUCUUGGUGUCCUUAGUGGAGAAUUCUCAAAGGAAAGGGAGAAGGCGAAAGCACGGGGAGACUUCCAGAAGCUGCGGGAGAAGCAGCAGCUGGAGGAGGACCUCAGGGGCUACUUGGAUUGGAUCACCCAAGCAGAAGAUAUUGAUCCCGAGAACGAAGAAGAAGGAGGAGAGGAAAGCAAACGAAAUACCAGCAUGCCCACCAGUGAGACGGAGUCUGUGAACACGGAGAACGUGAGUGGGGAAGGCGAGAACCAAGGUUGCUGUGGGAGCCUCUGGUGCUGGUGGAGAAGAAGAGGCGCCACCAAGGCCGGGCCCUCUGGGUGUCGGCGGUGGGGUCAAGCCAUCUCAAAAUCCAAGCUCAGCCGACGCUGGCGCCGCUGGAACCGCUUCAGUCGCAGAAGGUGUAGGGCUGCCGUGAAGUCUGUCACGUUUUACUGGCUGGUUAUUGUCCUGGUGUUUCUCAACACCUUAACCAUUUCCUCUGAGCACUACAACCAGCCUGACUGGUUGACACAGAUUCAAGAUAUCGCUAACAAAGUCCUCUUGGCUCUGUUCACCUGCGAGAUGCUUGUAAAGAUGUACAGCUUGGGUCUCCAGGCAUAUUUCGUCUCUCUUUUCAAUCGGUUUGAUUGCUUCGUGGUGUGUGGAGGAAUCACUGAAACGAUCUUGGUAGAACUGGAAAUCAUGUCUCCUCUGGGCAUCUCUGUGUUUCGCUGUGUUCGGCUCUUGAGAAUUUUCAAAGUGACCAGGCACUGGACCUCCCUGAGCAACUUGGUCGCAUCCUUGUUGAACUCCAUGAAGUCCAUCGCUUCGCUGCUGCUUCUGCUUUUCCUCUUCAUCAUCAUCUUUUCCUUGCUGGGGAUGCAGCUGUUCGGCGGCAAGUUUAAUUUUGACGAAACGCAAACCAAGCGGAGCACCUUUGAUAAUUUCCCUCAAGCGCUCCUAACGGUGUUCCAGAUUCUGACAGGUGAAGACUGGAACGCUGUGAUGUAUGAUGGCAUUAUGGCGUACGGGGGCCCAUCGUCUUCGGGAAUGAUCGUCUGCAUCUACUUCAUCAUCCUCUUCAUUUGCGGUAACUAUAUUCUACUGAAUGUCUUCUUGGCCAUUGCUGUAGACAACUUGGCUGAUGCUGAAAGUUUGAAUACUGCUCAGAAAGAGGAAGCUGAAGAAAAGGAAAGAAAGAAGAUUGCCAGAAAAGAAAGCCUGGAAAAUAAAAAGAACAACAAACCAGAAGUCAACCAGAUAGCCAACAGUGACAACAAGGUCACCAUCGAUGACUACCGAGAAGACGAUGAGGACAAGGACCCCUACCCGCCUUGUGAUGUGCCAGUAGGUGAAGAGGAAGAGGAGGAGGAAGAGGAUGAACCCGAGGUUCCUGCUGGCCCCCGUCCUCGAAGAAUCUCUGAGUUGAACAUGAAGGAGAAAAUCACCCCCAUCCCCGAAGGGAGCGCUUUCUUCAUUCUUAGCAAGACCAACCCGAUCCGCGUGGGCUGCCACAAGCUCAUCAACCACCACAUCUUCACCAACCUUAUCCUCGUCUUCAUCAUGCUGAGCAGCGCUGCCCUCGCCGCCGAGGACCCCAUCCGCAGCCACUCCUUCCGGAACACUAUACUGGGUUACUUUGACUAUGCUUUCACAGCCAUCUUUACUGUUGAAAUCCUGUUAAAGAUGACGACUUUUGGAGCUUUCCUCCACAAAGGGGCUUUCUGCAGGAACUACUUCAACUUACUGGAUAUGCUGGUCGUUGGGGUGUCUCUGGUGUCAUUUGGGAUCCAAUCCAGUGCCAUCUCUGUUGUGAAGAUCCUGAGAGUCUUAAGGGUCCUGAGACCGCUCAGGGCAAUCAACAGAGCAAAAGGACUUAAGCACGUGGUCCAGUGCGUCUUUGUGGCCAUCCGGACAAUUGGCAACAUCAUGAUCGUCACCACCCUCCUCCAGUUCAUGUUUGCCUGCAUCGGGGUGCAGCUCUUCAAGGGAAAGUUUUAUCGAUGCACAGAUGAAGCCAAAAGUAACCCCGAAGAAUGCAAGGGGCUCUUCAUCCUCUACAAGGAUGGGGAGGUCGAUAACCCUCUGGUCCGUGAGAGGAUCUGGCAAAACAGCGAUUUCAACUUUGACAACGUCCUCUCAGCUAUGAUGGCUCUGUUCACGGUCUCCACGUUCGAGGGCUGGCCCGCGUUGCUGUACAAAGCCAUCGACUCGAACGGAGAGAACGUCGGCCCCAUCUACAACUACCGCGUGGAGAUCUCCAUCUUCUUCAUCAUCUACAUCAUCAUCGUAGCGUUCUUCAUGAUGAACAUCUUUGUGGGCUUCGUCAUCGUCACAUUUCAGGAGCAGGGCGAGAAAGAGUAUAAGAACUGUGAGCUGGACAAAAAUCAGCGUCAGUGUGUUGAAUACGCCUUGAAAGCACGUCCCUUGCGGAGAUACAUCCCCAAAAACCCCUACCAGUACAAGUUCUGGUACGUGGUGAACUCCUCGCCUUUCGAAUACAUGAUGUUUGUCCUCAUCAUGCUCAACACACUCUGCUUGGCCAUGCAGCACUACGAGCAGUCCAAGAUGUUUAAUGACGCCAUGGACAUCCUGAACAUGGUCUUCACCGGGGUGUUCACUGUCGAGAUGGUUUUGAAAGUCAUUGCAUUUAAACCUAAGGGGUACUUUAGUGAUGCCUGGAACACGUUUGACUCCCUCAUCGUAAUCGGCAGCAUUGUAGACGUGGCGCUCAGCGAAGCCGACCCAACUGAAAGUGAAAAUGUCCCUGUCCCAACUGCUACACCUGGGAACUCUGAAGAGAGCAAUAGAAUCUCCAUCACCUUUUUCCGUCUUUUCCGAGUGAUGCGAUUGGUGAAGCUUCUCAGCAGGGGGGAAGGCAUCCGGACACUGCUGUGGACUUUCAUUAAGUCCUUCCAGGCGCUCCCGUACGUCGCCCUUCUCAUCGCCAUGCUGUUCUUCAUCUACGCGGUUAUCGGCAUGCAGAUGUUUGGGAAAGUUGCCAUGAGAGAUAACAACCAGAUCAACAGGAACAACAAUUUCCAGACCUUUCCUCAGGCAGUGCUGCUGCUGUUCAGGUGUGCGACGGGGGAGGCGUGGCAGGAAAUCAUGCUGGCCUGCCUCCCGGGAAAGCUCUGUGACCCCGAGUCCGAUUACAACCCCGGGGAGGAGUACACCUGUGGGAGCAACUUUGCCAUUGUUUAUUUCAUCAGUUUUUACAUGCUCUGCGCAUUUCUGAUCAUCAACCUGUUUGUGGCUGUCAUCAUGGACAAUUUCGAUUAUCUGACCCGGGACUGGUCUAUUCUGGGGCCUCACCAUUUAGAUGAAUUCAAAAGGAUAUGGUCCGAAUAUGACCCCGAGGCAAAGGGAAGAAUCAAGCACCUGGACGUGGUCACUCUGCUCCGCCGCAUCCAGCCCCCCCUGGGGUUUGGGAAAUUGUGUCCACACAGGGUAGCCUGCAAGAGACUAGUUGCCAUGAACAUGCCGCUCAACAGUGAUGGGACAGUCAUGUUUAACGCAACUCUGUUUGCUUUGGUCCGAACGGCUCUUAAAAUCAAGACGGAAGGGAACCUGGAACAAGCUAAUGAAGAACUCCGAGCUGUGAUCAAGAAAAUCUGGAAGAAAACCAGCAUGAAACUACUUGACCAAGUUGUCCCUCCAGCUGGUGAUGAUGAGGUAACCGUGGGGAAGUUCUAUGCCACUUUCCUGAUACAGGACUACUUUAGGAAAUUCAAGAAACGGAAAGAACAAGGACUGGUGGGAAAAUACCCCGCGAAGAACAGCACAAUUGCCCUACAGGCAGGAUUAAGGACACUGCACGACAUUGGGCCAGAAAUCCGGCGUGCUAUAUCAUGUGAUUUGCAAGAUGAUGAGCCAGAGGAAACAAAAGGCGAAGAAGAAGAAGAAGUGUUCAAAAGAAAUGGUGCCCUGCUUGGAAACCAUGUCAAUCAUGUUAAUAGUGAUAGGAGAGAUUCCCUUCAGCAGACCAAUACCACCCACCGUCCCCUGCAUGUCCAAAGGCCUUCAAUUCCACCUGCAAGUGAUACUGAGAAACCGCUGUUUCCUCCAGCAGGAAAUUCGGUGUGUCAUAACCAUCAUAACCAUAAUUCCAUAGGAAAGCAAGUUCCCAGCUCAACAAAUGCCAAUCUCAAUAAUGCCAAUAUGUCCAAAGCUGCCCCUGGAAAACGGCCCAGCAUUGGGAACCUUGAGCAUGUGUCUGAAAAUGGGCAUCAUUCCUUCCACAAGCAUGGCCGUGAGCCUCAAAGAAGGUCCAGUAUUAAAAGAACCCGCUAUUAUGAAACUUAUAUUAGGUCUGACUCAGGAGACGAGCAGUUCCCAACUAUUUGCCGGGAAGACCCAGAGAUACACGGCUACUUCAGGGACCCCUGCUGCUUGGGGGAGCAGGAGUACUUCAGCAGUGAGGAGUGCUACGAGGACGACAGCUCGCCCACCGGGAGCAGGCAAAGCUACAACUGUGGCUACUAUACCCGAUACCCAGGCAGCAGCUUGGACUUCGAGCGGCCUCGAGGAUACCAUCACCCCCAGAGCUUCUCGGAGGAUGAUGACUCUCCUGUUUGCUAUGAUUCCCGGAGGUCUCCAAGGAGACGCCUGCUCCCUCCCACCCCAACAUCCCCCCGGAGAUCCUCCUUCAACUUCGAGUGCUUGCGCCGGCACAGCAGCCAGGAGGAGAUCCCGCCGUCCCCUGCCUUCCUCCACCGCACGGCCCUGCCUCUGCACCUGAUGCAGCAACAGAUCAUGGCAGUCGCCGGCCUAGAUUCCAGUAAAGCCCAGAAGUACUCGCCGAGCCACUCCACCCGGUCGUGGGCGACCCCGCCAGCGACCCCAUCGUACAGGGACUGGACGCCGUACUACACCCCACUGAUCCAGGUCGAGCGGUCGGAGGCCCCGGACCAGGUCAACGGCAGCCUACCGUCCCUGCACCGCAGCUCGUGGUACACGGAUGAGCCCGGCGUCUCCUAUCGGACGUUCACACCAGCCAGCCUGACCGUCCCCAGCAGCUUCCACAACAAAAACAGCGACAAGCAGAGGAGCGCAGACAGCUUGGUGGAGGCGGUUCUGAUAUCCGAAGGCUUAGGACGGUAUGCGAGGGACCCAAAAUUCGUGUCAGCGACAAAACACGAAAUCGCCGAUGCCUGUGACCUAACCAUCGACGAGAUGGAGAGUGCAGCCAGCCACCUGCUGAAUGGGAACGUGCACCCGCGGGCCAAUGGGGACGUGGGGCCCGUCUCACGUCGGCAAGACUACGAGCUCCAGGACUUCGGGCCCGGCUACAGCGACGAGGAGCCAGACCCCGGGAGGGAUGAGGAGGACCUGGCAGAUGAAAUGAUUUGCAUCACCACCCUGUAGCCCCCAGGGAGCGGCCGACUGGCUCUGGCCUCAGGUGGGGCGCCGGAGGGCCAGGGGAAAAGUGCCUCGUAGUUAGGAA